AUGGCACACUUUCAAGAGUGGGAGCUGGAGACUUCAAGAACAGGGGUUGGAGCAGUAAGUACAGUUAGCAUAUUUAGAAAGAGAUUUGGUCAUUCCUCUGUGUGCACUGGAACAAUUGGAGGUUUUACACUCAAAGAGGUAUUGAACCAAGCACUGGCUCAACAAGUUACUGAGACCAGUCAAUCUGCGUGGUCUCCUCACAGCAUGGAGAGAACAGAUGGAGCCAGUAAAGCCAGGACUGGAAAGGUUGUGAACUGCUUAUUUCCAAACCCUGAUGCAGUUUUUAGGCUGAUUUGCUUUCCCUGGGCAGGAGGUGGCUCUGUUUAUUUUGCCAAAUGGGGCCAAGAGAUUCAUAAUUCAUUGGAAGUGCACUCCAUAAGGCUUGCUGGAAGAGAAAGUCGAUCUGAGGAACCUUUUGUAAAUGAUAUCCACCAAGUAGCUGAUGAAAUUGCUCAUGCUCUACUGCCAGUCCUCCAGGAUAAAUCAUUUGCAUUUUUUGGCCACAGUAUGGGAGCCUAUAUUGCUUUUAUGACCGCACUAUGCCUAAAAGAAAAAUAUAAGCUAGAACCAAUGCAUAUCUUUGUGUCAAGUGCAAAUGCUCCUCACUCGAAGUCCAGGUUUCACCUUCCAGAAACACCAAAAAUGUCAGAAGAACAAAUUAUCCAUUACAUUAUGGAAAUCGGAGGCACUCCUGAGAAUUUAACUAACAAUGAGGAACUUUUGCAACAAUAUAUUCCCAAGCUGAUGGCAGAUAUAUACCUUGCUAGUAAUUUCUUCUUUGAUUCACCACCUGAGGCUGUUCUUUCCUGCGGCCUAACAUGCUUUGUUGGAUCUAAGGAUUUCGCAGAGGAUUUGGAAGCCUGGAAAGAUAUAACCAGUGGAAGUUUUGACAUUCACGUGCUUCCAGGAAAUCACUUUUAUCUUAUGGAGCCUUCCAACGAGAGCUUCCUGAAGAAAUGCAUCACCAGGCAUCUAGAACUCUCAGCACUUACCAUGUAUUAG